AUGGCGGCGUGGGCGGAUGAUUUUGAUCCCACGCUUGAGGACGGUUUUGCUGACGAAAUAUCGGCCUCCUUUGAGGGUGGGGCGGAUGCCGCUGCAGCAAAUGACGAUAAGCUGGCCUGGGAGAAUGCCAAGACUGUUAUUGAGACCGUGACCGACAGCGAGAACAAGCGGUACGAAAUCGUGAAGAAAGUCCGCACCUACCAUGUGGACCGCCCAGUCACAGUUGUAGAUAUUCGUGCCAAAUGGAAACGAUUUGGUAAGAGUGGGGACAACAACCAAGACCUUGUUUCCCGAGAUCCUCCCAUUGUGUUAGAGCUGGGCGAAAUUGACCCAUUUGAACGCGUGGCGCGUGAUGAAAUAGUACGUCUUAUGAACGAGGUGGAACGUAUGAAGAUUGAGGUCACCGACCCUCGCUUGGCCCGCUUUGCAAAAAUCAAGGAAGAGCAAGAGAAGGCUGCGCUGGAGGAAACCACACAGACAGAUCAGCCAAAGGAGCGUACAUGGGCCGCUGCCAGGGGAGAAAAGAGCUCGGCACAGCGCAAAGAAGACACGGAUCGCCGUCUUCGCAUUACAAACAUCUCGGAUGACAUUACAAGGGAAGAGCUCUACAACAUCUUUGACACUAAUGAAUACAAAAUUGAAAAAUUAUUUCUUCCCAGGGAUAAUGCAACUGGAAACUACAGGGGUUUUGCCUUUAUUACUUUUGAAGAUCACGAACAGGCUGAGCGCUGCCUUAAGAAGACAAAGGGUGUGGCGCGAUUUAAAAACACGGUUAUGCGCAUUGUGCGCGCCCUUCCGGAGGCUGAACAGAGGCGACACUGA